GAAGCCGAGGAGGAGAUCCGGCGUUUAAAGAAAAUGUCAAGCUUUUGAUGCCUUUUCCGUUGUUGGCCGAGCUUCGGCUACAAGGGGAUUUUUUUCCCAGUUCAGCAAUUUGAUCCCGAAGGUCGCCAAUGAUGGAAAUAAUAUAGUACGUCAUUAAUAUGGCGCCAAAAGCUUGUGUGUUGUGAGACGAACGGGGAGGCGGCGGCGGCGACCGGCGGGCCGGCUGGGGGUGUGAAAGAAGGCGAGGAAACGACAGGGUGUCCUUUUCUCUGCAAAAGUUACCGGGAAGGCGGGGUCCCCCGGGCUGCAAUGUUUAAUAUGCAUGGGUUAUUAUUAAAAUUGCAAACGGGAUUUUCAAAAAUAAAUAAAUUGUAGGAGGGGUCGGAGGUUGCAUUCGGCGGAGUUGGUUGCGGAGUCCCGCCUGUGCAGAGUCAGAGGGCGGUGUAUAUUUGGCUGCUGCUGUUGCCAGGCGCCGUGGAACGUGACACGGAUAGAACGGCCCGGGAUCCGGGCCCGGGCAGCGAGUGGUUCAUGUGAAGCAACCUCGCUCGCAGGCGUGCAAACGCCCUCGCCCUCGCCCUCCUUGCUGGCUACCAGUUCCAUGUUUGCACUUGCAGAGAAAUGUUCACCGCGGUGCCUCCGGAUAAAUUAAUGCCUCCUCCUCCUCUCUGCGUUAAAUCCAAGAGGAGCAAAAAUAAAAUAAAAAAAUUGCGGGGGAGGGGGCACCGAAAAUGUGUAUAGCACGUUAUUUAGGGACGGGUGACUGGGGGCAGGACACCAGCCCAACAACACAUGUUGCUUAAGAUAACAGCAUUGAGGGAAAUAAGGUGUAUUCGCAGUGGGACUUUAGCAUCCUUUGUGCCAGAAAUAGAGAAGACCAUGAAAAGAAACCGGCUUCCGAGCAGCAGUGAUGAUUCUGAUGACAAUGACAGUCAUUCAACUUCCUGGUCGCAGCAUUCCAGAUCGCAACACAGAAGAAGCUCAACCUCCAGGCACAAAGAUCGAAAACCAUCCGAGGUUUACAGAACCGACUUGAUAACGGCCAUGAAGCUGCAUGAUUCGCACCAGCUGAGUUCUGAUGAAUAUUAUAUUCUGGCUGAUUCGUGGAGACAGGAAUGGGAGAAAGGAGUUCAAGUACCUGUUAGCCCUGACUCAGUGCCACAAGCAAGUGUCAGAGCAACUGAUGAAAAGAAUAAAGCGGUGAUAUUUUCUAGACCAAGGAAGUAUAUUCACUCUUCGGGAUCUGAGCCACCAGAACUUGGCUAUGUGGACAUCCGCACACUUGCUGACAGUGUGUGUCGCUAUGACCUAGAUGAUAUGGAUGUGGCCUGGCUUGAACUGCUAAAUGAAGAAUUCAGAGGAAUGGGGAUGGCUGAAUUAGAUGAGUUCACCAUGGAGAGGGUCAUGGAAGACUUGGAGCGGAGAUGUGACGACAAUAUGAACCAUGCCAUUGAAACAGAAGAAGGUCUCGGGAUUGAAUAUGAUGAAGAUGUGGUUUGUGAUGUGUGUCAGUCUCCAGAUGGUGAAGAUGGCAAUGAGAUGGUUUUCUGUGACAAAUGCAACAUAUGUGUCCAUCAGGCUUGUUAUGGGAUUCUGAAGGUUCCUGAAGGUAGCUGGCUAUGUCGAACCUGUGCACUAGGUGUCCAGCCGAAAUGCCUGCUCUGCCCCAAGAAAGGUGGAGCCAUGAAGCCCACUCGCAGUGGGACAAAGUGGGUACAUGUCAGUUGUGCUUUAUGGAUUCCUGAGGUUAGCAUAGGCUGUCCAGAAAAGAUGGAGCCCAUAACAAAGAUAUCACAUGUUCCUGCCAGCAGAUGGGCAUUGGUGUGCAGCUUGUGCACUGAGAAGACUGGAGCCUGCAUACAGUGUUCAGUGAAGAACUGUCGAACAGCCUUUCAUGUGACUUGCGCUUUUGAUCGCAGUUUGGAAAUGAAGACCAUACUGGCGGAAAAUGACGAAGUGAAGUUCAAGUCGUAUUGCCCAAAGCACAGCAGCAAGGAGCCAGGCGAGGGAACCAAAGACUAUUCCACUACGGAGAUGGAGGAGAAACCCACCAUUGUGGAGAGUGCUCUGGACAGCAUGGACCAGACUCAGGCAGAGGCUGAAAGGAUCAGUCUCCGUAAGCAGAAACUCCAACAGCUGGAGGACGAAUUUUAUAACUUUGUCAGCAUCUCUGAAGUGUCCCAGCACUUGAAACUGUCCGAGGAGCUUGUGGAUUUUAUUUACCAGUACUGGAAAGGAAAAAGGAAGAGCAAUUUAAACAAGCCUCUCUUCACUCCCAAAAAGGACGAGGAGGACAAUCUGGCAAAGCAGGAGCAAGAUGUCUUAUUCAGACGGCUGCAGCUCUUCACCCACCUCCGACAGGACCUUGAGAGGGUUCGAAACCUUACUUACAUGGUGAGCCGAAGGGAGAAGAUUAAGAGAUCAAUCUGUCGAGUCCAAGAGCAAAUAUUCCACCAUCAAAUGAAACUUCUCGAAGAAGAGCGCAUUUCUGGUGUGCCUUCAGCAUUCCCAUCAUCAGAUGCUUUAUUCCUUGGUUGGCUGGCACAAUCACAUCCGGUUUCCAACACGGGUGGUUUACAAUGGAAGUUGAACAGAGAACUGGAGACGAGCCAACAUCCUGAUAAAGUCUGGCAUGAAAGGAGUUCUCGGUUGAGUGGCAGAAUGCAAAGCCACACUGAAUCUGCUAAACAGAGCUUAUUGAAACAAUCAAAUCGAUCCAGUGAAUGCAAAAACACACCCAACCUUCACAGGGUCAGGGAGGAUUAUUCCAGCCCAAGCCUCCUUCUGCCAUAUGACAUGAUUCGUGGUGAGGUCAGAGGUAAUACUUGUGAGAGGAAUGAUGGUCUGACUACCACUGACCACAGGAAGAAAACUGACGUCAGUAGACGUAGUACAGGAGGUAAAACUGAAUCGAGAGAGAGAGCUUGUUCAAAACGUGACAAAUCUUACAUGUCUGCAGAUUUGACCUUACGGCAGUCUGAAAACAAGCGAGCUUUGUGCGCUACUGUGUGUAAAGUUCCCUCCGUUAGUAUUCGGAGGUUAUCUGGGGAUUGCAGUCACAUGCACACCAAAUUUAACGGUACCUUGAGUAAGGUAGCGUGCAAUCAGUCCGCUGUUCCUCCUGGACCACAAGUGCCUACAACACCUACGAGUCCAGUGAAAAACUGGGGUGGGUUCAAAAUCCCCAAAAAGGGAGAAAGGAAGCAGCAUGAGGAGAGACCGGAGGCUUGCAGGCAGAUCUCCGAAACCACCCAAUACCAGCGAACCUCGCCCAAGGAGAGAACCAAGGUGAGACUGCUGCCAGACAGUGAGAACGAUGGCUACAGUCCAGACGUUGAGAUGAGUGAUUCGGAAACAGAGUCAGACAAUUGCAAGCCACAGCGGCUGAACUCAAAUAGUGAACAGGAGGUAUGGGACAGAUAUUAUUCGAAGAAGCAUCCUGGCCUCCUGAUCUGGGGUUGUGGGGUCGGGGUGCGGCCAUAGAAGUCAACUCCUCGUCUGAUAACCAUUACCAGUCGCAACAAUAUUUUAUCUACAUGCCUUGUUGUGAUACAAUGUUUCUUCAGGCCAAGUAUUGGUACCCAGGGACAUUUCCUGUCGUGGAAUGUUUGUCAAUAAAACACUUGUGUUUAAGUCACAUGCUACAGUUUUGCAGCUAAUGAAUCUGCCCCAUGUAUAGUUACCAGGUAGACCUUUUGCAAAGAUUAUUGGGGAGUAACUAGAUCAUUAACAUGUCAGCUUUAAAGAUUAAAAACCUUAAACACUUUACAAAAACAUUUCAAAAAUAAUAAAUUUAGGAUCUCAGUGGUUGAACGGUUAGUGUACCACAUUUCAUUAUUGUUUAUUUUUUUAAAGCAUGAUUUAAAAAAAGCUUAAAAUAACUUAAAAAAAUCAUUAGGCCUUGUGAUAGGUCAGACCAGACUUUAUCUAGUAUUCUGAAUAAAAACAGACUGCAAAGUAAAUGCAGCAAAUUCUGUGCCUCAGCAGAUGUAACUUUCAUUUCAGUAAAUUGAUGACAACCCAGUGUUCAGCAGUAUUAGAUUGUAAUUACAAAGUUCUUCAAAGUAUUCACUGGUCAGGGUGAACCACACUAAGCAGUGUACGCAGAGAGGUUCAGAUAGACAGAACUUGCAAGGAGUCCUGUAUGCUUCAUAAAUUCUGCAAUAUGUACAUGCAAGGAUUGCUUGCAACUUAAUGAAGGAUGGCUUGUCACUUAAUGAGUAUGUGAAGUUGUUACAUGAUUUCCCCCCCCCCCCCCCAGAAUUUUGCGAUGUACCCCAUUUUUUUCCUUCCUGAAAAACUGGAGUACAACUCAUUUAGUAUGUGAUAAUAUGGAAGAUUAUUACGCAUUUAUCGUUUUAAAAGAUCACAUGUCUGUUCCUUGCAGGUAUUGCCAAUAUUUUAGACUGAUCUUUUAAAUGCUAUUGACUCAUUCCACAUACUUGAAUCAGCUGGCACUUGUAUUGAAUCUGCAGUUGGGCGGGAUAUGUAAUGCAGAAAUAGCCCAGUCCAACAAUUAAGCAGAAGGGAUGAGGAGAAAACUACAGAAUUGUCAAGACAUUUUUCGUUUUGAGUUUUGUUUUGAACAAUUUGAACUAUGGAUUGAAAAUGUUUAGAGAAGAUAUGGGGCUAAUGUGGGCAGAUGGGGCAACUUGGUCGGUAUGGGCAAGUUGGGCCGAAGGGCCUGUUGCCUAUUUCUGAACUGUAUGACUAAUGAGGAAUGGGAUGCAUUAUCCAUUGGGGUUGCAGCAUCAGUAUUAGCAUGAGGGGCCAGAGCAUUUCCAAUUCGCCAUUUUUAAUUGUCCCCCUCUGAAAGUCUAACCUGCAACAAUAUUGGAUAAGCGACAGUAGAAAACUGUUACUUUUGUAUUCAUUAGUAAUCCGCAUGAGUCUUUGUUUAACAUUUGUACAAGUGAAGGGGUACAAAAGCAGCACUAAAAAAAGAUUUUUUAAGGCAACUUAAUUUACCUUUGUAAUCCAAUUUUUAAUUUAGUUACUGGACAUUCCUUUUUGCUUUAAAUUUUGGUACAGUUUACCUGGGAUUAUGUGCAGUGAGGGAUGGGCUUGACCAAACAUGAAUCCCAUUAGGGAUUAGUAAAAGGAUUCAACGUCUCAGACAAACCCACUGUUGUUAUUCUCAAAGAAACGUCAACAUCGUACCCCCAUAUAUGUUUUAAAACACACAAUGGCCAUAUUUAGUAAAUUGUGGGGAAACCUAUUUAAACUAAAAAUCUCAAAAUCUUAAUACAUAGUGUUGCAUGCACUGUAUUGAAUUAUGUCCUGCUCGUGCUGUAAUGCAUUUGAAAAUAUAGACACUAUCAAUAUUGAACAUGUAUAUUUAAUUUUAUUAAGUGGCCUUUUCUAAUCUUUAUUCAGUGCAAUAGCUAUGUGUUUAUUUUUUUAAAUUGUAGAAAGGUCUUUUGCUUACAUGUUUGACAUGAGUAUUUAUGCAUCUUGGACAUGCAACUUAGUUUGAAAUAUUUGCAGCAUUUUAAUUUUUGUUAGUGUUUAACAUGCAGGUAUCAUCACAUUGUGCUGUACAUAAGAAAUGUUUGUUAAUUUUAUGCCCAACUGAUUUACACCUGCACUAAAUAAUCUUUUGGGUAGAGAUAGUCAGCAAAUUAAUAGUUUGAGUACAAUGGUAUGUUUGAUGACCAUAACUUAGACUGAUAGUUUCAAGUUAAAAUUUAUUUUCCCCAUAUUGUGUUUAAAGUAUGAGUUUCAUAUGAUAUAGACUGUAGUUUAACAUUAGGCUAGUUGAGCUACUGUGUAGUUGCUACUGGUAUGCAUAUAUAGUUUUACACUAAAGUGAUAUAAAAGGGACAGUUUUUACACAUCCCCUUUCUGAUUGUUCCGUACAGACCUGCUGAACAAACUUUGCAGUGUGGUGUUGUACAGAAGAAAUCUAUCACCAUGUGCCUAGCAAAGUUUAACUGGUGUCCAUUUAGUUACAAAGAGCAUGAAAAUAAAAGGAUAAAUAAAAUUUAUACAGAGAUUACUAUUUUAAAUUACCUGGCUCUUUGAUGUAUUUAUUUUUCUUGUAAAAUAUUUAUAAAACUACUUUUAAAAGAUAAAGUUCUGUUCUGUGAAUGUUGAAAAUACUUAGAUGAAUUGUGCCUUUUUGUGUUUGAUAUGUUGAGUUUACAUCAGUAGUAUGAGACUAGUACAACAAUCUGUAAAAUAUUUCUCAGAAUUAAAUCUCAUCUGGAACCAACAGAAAGAGACACUGGGCUUCUUUGUGGGUCUGUGUAGGCCAGAAUAAAAAUAAGGGUCUGCACACUGUCUUUUAUGUAUCUGGAAUGUUUUCAUAAAUUGAGAUUUUCAUAAUUACAAUGAAUCUGGACUUUAAGGCAGUGCUAUUAUAAAAUACACUAUCUAAAUAUGUUGGGUCUGGGAAAAUCAUUCUUCUCAAAUAUUGUUCUAUACAUUUCCUAUGCAAAGCAACACAACAGAAUCUUAAGUUAUUUAAUUCAAAUAUGCUUUCUCUGCCAGAUGUUAAUUCCCUUUUAUGGCAACAUCUGGUGUUGUAGGCUGAAACAUUGUAGGUUUCUAAUUCUUGUAUAGAAAACCUUUUUUUACAAGUACUGUGGGAGCACUGAAAUAAGGCACUGUGCUUUAGAAGACAUAUGUACCAGUCUGCACCAUGCAAUAAAUGUAUAUGUUUGUUUUCUCCCCAGUAAAGUUGAACUACAA